AAACAGAGAACAUCCCUACUGCCUCUGAUCUGGAGGACUCACUAAACAGAGAACAUCCCUACUGCCUCUGAUCUGGAGGACUCACUAACCACCAAUGCUUCGCUUGUAAAAUAUGUCUGAGCGUUGGAGUGUGGCCCCCGUGGCAAUCCGUAGAAUAACAUAUAAUAAAUGAAAUGGUGCCGUCUGGUUUGCUUAGUAAAAGGAAUUUGAAAUGAUUUAUACUUUUACUUUCAAUACAUAAGUCUAUUUUAUCAAUUACAAUAACUUUUCCUAUUUAAGUAUUAUUUAAAACCCAAAUACUUUUAGACUUUUACUCAAGUAGUAUUUUACUGGGUGACUUUCAUUUUUACUCGAGUCAUUUUCUAUGAAGGUGUAUAUUUUGUUUUACUAUGACUCAAGUAUGACGUUUGGGGACUUUAUCCACCGCGGGCUGAAUAUAGAUAGAAGCCUGAUGGGUUCUAUUCUAUUCGUUCCCUUCUAUCAGUUAACGAGUUUAUAAGAAGCAAAUAAAUAAAUAUGCGUUAAUGAAUUGCAAUGCAGGCCUAAAUGAAAUGGAAAUAGUUACACAUAGAAAUUUAGCUAGGCUAUUUUAAUUUACAGUAAAUGUUGUGUUCAAUAUGUUAUUCCAGCUACAUUCAUGUAAAUACUAUUUAUAAUAUAUUUAUAUUGGUGUUUCUCUUGUUUUGUUUUUUUUUACUUUGAAAACUACAGCUCGUCGAAAAGGCCUCAUUAAAACGUGAACUUCAUUAAAACGCGUGCCAGUCAUUUAAAAAGAAAACCCUGAAACGCCGUAAUCCACCUCCGCUUCUCCCAACGACAAACCCUUCCAGUGGACAUCGGGAUUGGACCCGGUCAGCACCAGGUGUUAAGUCUAAAACAGGAUGUAUUAGGCACUCCUCUUGUCCAAUGGACGAGGGCGCACCAACGUUCCAUCCGGUCCGUGGAAGUUACAGGCGAGGCAGAGAGAGAGAGAGAGAGAGAGAGAGAGAGGCGCGCCGUGAAAGUCCCAGUCCAAUCCCCUCAUCAUCCUCGCAUGGAGCAAAUGGUGCGUGGAGCGUCAAGACGUCGUUAGGAAGAGAGAAAGAGAGUUCCAAGUUCCACUUCUAGAGCGCAGGGACAUUUGGUUCCAAAAUUCCUUGCGGGAGAAAAGAGACCAUUUCUCUAAAAUGAUGAGCAAAGUGGACGCGUCAUGCAAGCCGACUGCCGCGUCUCUCAAAUUCACCAUAGACAAUAUUCUGAACCUGCAGACAUACUCGAGCGGUAACCACGGUAGGAAGACAGUUGACAGCAGUCAUUCCGGUAGCAGGCUGCAGAAUAGCACGGGACUGUACUGGUUCGAUGACCAUCAACGGAGAAUGGACCCCGCGACAAGGCUACACGAUGCAGAGCCGGAUAACGACUGUAGCCCAACCGGAGGACCCAAGGCCGUCGCUAUCACCCGGGAAGACUCGUUACAGAUCACCGACAAUUGCUUCGAAAGCGGGGACAGCGGCGACGACUGCUCCUCGACGCAUCACACCGGAGACGGUGAUAAUAGCAGUGGCAAGAAAAAACAACUGUCAAUAAUAAACAAGAAAAAAACUCGCACAAUCUUCUCCAAGAGACAGAUCUUUCAGUUGGAAUCUACUUUCGAUACGAAGCGGUACCUUAGCAGCGCCGAGCGCGCCUGCCUCGCCAGUUCUCUCCAGUUAACGGAAACGCAGGUCAAAAUCUGGUUCCAGAACCGAAGGAAUAAAUUGAAAAGACAGAUUUCAACAGCGCUAGAUGGUCCCAACGGUGAUUUCUCCGACGCGGGUCCGGGGAAGGCUCUGCAGCUCCCGGCCUUGUACAAAGACAAUAACCUGCUGGGAAGAUGCUUGAUGCCGAUGCCCCUGCCCAUCGUAUACCCUGGCAGUAGCACGCAUUAUUUAUGUUUUUCCAAUGCCAGCAAGUACUUUAGUCUAUUCGAAGGAGACGUUGUCCUGUAGUAGACAAGGCCGAGUCUGCUUAAAGGAGACGUAGUCCUAUUUAAACCCGGCCUAGUCUGUUCGAAGGAGGCGUAGGGUUAGCAUCAUCGCCAAAAAGACUGUUUACAAAGUGAUAUAUCAUGCCAAUUUCAGCUUCCGCAUUUAGCAUUCCCCCCCCCAUCAUCAUCGUGUUAAAAAACGUAAGGUCGAGUCUGGCCCAUGUAGUGUUUUAAAGCCUACUUGUAAGGAUAGCCCGUUGACCUCAGGCCUAGCUCAAUCCCACUUGUCACAUCGAUAGCCUGCGCCAAUUGUAUUUAUUGACACACAUCAACAAUGUUGAUAUAAAACUCAAGAACGUAUUUGCAGGAUAUCCUAUCA